CGGAAUGGAUCUGGGCGUUGCGGCCAUGGUGAUCGCCAUUCCCUCGCUGUCGGCGUUACACCUUCGACUGAACGAAGUGGAUCUCAGGAGGAGCAGCUACUCCUUUCUCCGUCGCUGCUUGACCGCGGCCAAGACCGAGAUGUCGCCCGAGAUGUCGCUGCGCUGCGCGCGGGUGGAAAAGGAACUGCAGAAGAUGCGCGUGGCGUUUUUUCACGAACGUGGCCGAUUCGCCGUUCACUUCACCUUCCUCUUAAUGUUGGCCAUGGCUGUGAACUUUGUGUACGAUCCAAGUUUAAGAGCUUUCUCAAGCGUCCUAUUUUGGACGCUGCUCUACAGCUACUUUGCCAUCUUCCAUAGCCUCAACAUGAUUGAGGCUCCUGCUGGCUGGCAGGUCUCUUGUUUCUACGUUCUAUUUCUGCACCUCUUUUUGGUGUCAAACCAUUGGUAUUGGUCGGCUCUGGACUUAACUGAAUCCAAGCUCGACGUGUCUGCGCUGAUUCCCAGUGAGAGGUUCCAUGCUGUUUCUUUGACCUUGAUUUGUUGCACGAUGUUCGACUCGAAGUUGACGGUUCCGUGGUGUUGCUUCCAUGCAGCUCUGCAAUUCUGUAAAUCCUGGCAACGUUUUGGACUCGCUCAAUGCCUCUCCUCGUCAGUUCUUUGCCAGGAAAUCUCGGUGCAAUUCUUGACGAUCAUGCCGAUCAUUGCCAUAGAGAAAUUGGUGAGGCUCAAGAUUGAAGCUGUUUUGGAAACGCAAGACGAAUCUUCCUUGGUCUCUGGUUUUCGUCACGUCUUGCGGGGAGUUUGUGAUGGCGACAUUUUGCUGAACUCCAGCUAUAAGAUCCUGGAGGAUGGCAGCUCCUUAGAUCGUCUCUUAGGGCAUCCCAAAGGAACCGCCACGGGCACCAGCCUUGUGAAUCUCUUCACUGUGGACGAUUGCAAACGCUUCGUGCAAUUCAUCGCGACCAGCGCCAACAACGCGCCGUCGAUGCCUCGCGGCUUUCGUGUGACCAUGAAAGGACGCCAAGGACCUGUGGCCAUGGACCUCUUCCACGUGCCCAUCCGGGGCCAGGGCUUCAAAGGCUGCAAUCAUCUUCUGGCCAUCAAGCAGGACGCGGAUCAGGUGAUCCCCGAUGCGCCGCUGGAGGCACGUGGCGUCCCCGGCGCCCCCAGCUGUUUGACGCCGGGCGAUGAGAUGUGCGGGGAGGGGAG